GACACGAUUUAACAGAUUACAUUUUUUAAACCACUGACAUGGCGAGAAAAUUGUUGUGUGUCUGGAGAAUAGCAAAUCACAUUGAAUCUGAGAAGUGACGUAUAUGACUAUGACGCCUAUUUUCGAUAAAUAUGUUUGUAUAUUACCAUUAGCAACAGUUAACAGCACCGUUUCAAAUACUCUGAAGUUUAUUUCCACAAACAUCAUGUCCGGUGGAACAGUAAUUGAGAUAUUCCCGUUCAUGACUCUGACUGUUGAUCUGGCAGUCUUUGAAGAUGAAUAUGAAGCCCAGGACAUAAUUAAAAGACACCAACAGCUUUCUGUGAAAAUGAAGGGGGACAAGUGUUUGGAAGUUGAAGGCUCAUAUGAAAAAGUGGAUGAAUUGUUUGCUAAAUUAUGCAAGCUGAGAACAAUAAAACCUUUUCGUCCUACCAAACAUCCACCAUAUACUAAACCUCAACAGCCUCCUCACUUUAGCCAGGGGGAACCAGUUGAGGUUGCUGAACCCAUUAUGGAAUACAUUGAAGAAAAAUAUUCCAAGGAACUUGAUGACAUCAGAGGUCAUAAUGUUAUUAUACAAAGAAGUAGAUCUAGCAGCAAGAUGCUUAUUAAUUUUCAAUCUCUACAGCCUAAAAAAGGAACUGAUUUUGAAUGUCACUGUGUCAGGGAGAGGUUUCUAACUUUUUAUCAGAAGAUUGCAACCAACCUCCAAGUAAAAACAUACAAUACAGACUCAGUCUGGAAAACCCAUUACAAAAACUUUGAAAAGGAAUUUCCAAAACUUUCCAUUAACUCAAGAAGGGAUACAAUUACAGUGACUGGGAGCUUCAUUGACUUAAGAAGGCUGGACAAGCUCUUACAGGAUGGUGAGACUCACACAACAAAGACUCACACAGGCAGCAAAAUGCUUCCUAAAAAUCAUCAGUUGUUCAGGUCACGGGAUAGUAGGUUAAGUUCACCUCCUGUCCAAAACCACCAGAAAGCCAAGGAAGAUACUUGUCCAAUUUGUUUGGAGUUAAUCAAGGAAAUAGACAAGACAACAUUACCACGCUGUCAGCAUGUAUUUUGUAAAGACUGCUUAAAAACUGCCUUUGAUGUAAAACCUUCCUGUCCAAUCUGUGGUAUAAUAUAUGGGAAGCUAAAAGGUACCCAACCUGAAAAUGGUCAAAUGGAUGUUACCAUUUUGAGAUCAUCUCUACCAGGAUAUGAGAUGUAUGGUACAAUUGUAAUAAAAUAUCACAUUCCAAGUGGGAUCCAAGGGGAAGAACAUCCAAAUCCUGGCACGAGUUAUGAAGGGGCCACCCGAACAGCCUAUAUUCCUGACUCUCCAGAGGGCAAGAAGGUUCUGAAGCUUCUUCAGCAGGCCUUUAAGCAGAAACUAAUUUUCACAAUUGGAAGAUCUUCGACCACCGGUAGAAGCAAUGUGGUUACUUGGAAUGAUAUUCACCAUAAAACCCACAUAAAUGGUGGGCCAACUAAAGACCACCUGUCUGUUGGUGUUAAUGUGCAGGGAGUAGACAGGACUCAACUGCUGCCAGCUCUUUCCUCUUGCUCAGCUGGGAGAAGGAGAAGGUACACUGGUAUCUUGCCAAGUGAUGCCCUAUUUCUCCAGGCUCCUCCCACGGCUGCCAUGCAGUGUAAUGGAUAUGUCCUCCGUCACCAGACAGCAGAGGUGUUACCACAGACAUGUUUUCAUAAGUCGUCACCUGACCGAGUGGUUUCUUCCAACACAUCUGACUGAGGGCAGCAAGUAUUUGGAUCCAUGGACUCAAUGUUUGGUGGAAACAUGGUUGGCAGCUCUUGAGUCUUUUUGGGCAAGUCUCUACUAACUUCGAACACCGGCUUAGUGUAAUUUUUACCCAUUCUUGGCACUUCUGAAAGAUCCACUUUACCAUGCUCAAAGAGAUAUUAAACUAUGACUUGCUUUCUUGGUGCUCUCCAAAGCAGUUAAGUUGAAGCAAAGCGGU